UUAAAGGUUCGAAGGAAAUACUAAAGCCCCUAAUAUUUGAUAUAAGCUUCCUCCCAUCAGACAUUGCGAGGACGCCAUUUUCUGUGUUUUCUGCCUGCGAUUUUUGUCGAGUUUCGUGGUACAAAAAGUGCCAAAAUGCCGCGAAUUACGAUAAAGGGAGGAGUUUGGAGGAACACCGAGGAUGAAAUCCUCAAGGCUGCUGUGAUGAAAUAUGGUAAAAACCAGUGGUCACGAAUCGCCUCACUCCUGCACAGGAAGUCUGCCAAACAGUGCAAGGCAAGAUGGUUUGAAUGGUUGGACCCCAGCAUUAAGAAGACAGAAUGGAGCCGUGAGGAAGAUGAGAAGCUUCUCCACAUGGCCAAACUCAUGCCCACCCAGUGGAGAACAAUCGCUCCUGUGGUGGGCAGGACCGCUGCACAGUGUCUGGAGAGAUACGAGUUUCUGCUUGACCAGGCCCAGAAGAAUGAGAGCGAGGCGGAGUCUGGAGGUUUGGGGGACGACCCCAGGAAGCUGAAGCCAGGAGAGAUCGACCCCAACCCUGAGACCAAACCAGCCAGACCUGACCCUAUUGACAUGGAUGAGGAUGAGCUGGAGAUGUUGUCGGAAGCUCGUGCCCGUCUAGCGAACACCCAGGGUAAGAAGGCCAAGCGGAAGGCGAGAGAGAAACAGCUGGAGGAGGCGCGCCGUCUGGCCGCGCUACAGAAACGGCGGGAACUGAGAGCGGCAGGGAUCGAAGUGAUGAAGAAGAGAAAGAAGAAGAGGGGUGUGGACUACAAUGCUGAGAUCCCGUUUGAGAAGAAACCAGCGCCGGGAUGAUGUGGAGGGUGUGAGUUACUUACUGUAUUGUUACUGUUAGUAAAGUUACGUGAGCACAACCUAGAUGGGGAACUCCGAGAUGAUGUGGAGGGUCGGGAACGAAGAAAGGACAAACAACGGCAGAAGCGGAAGAAGGAAAAUGAGCUUCCCGAUGCCAUCCUGCAGACACAGAGAGCCAACAAUCCUGAGUUCCAAAAGAAGAGGAGUAAGUUAGUUCUACCUGCACCACAGAUCUCAGAACAAGAGCUAGAGGAGGUGGUCAAGCUUGGACAGGCCAGUGAGUCGGCCAGAAUGGUGGCAGAGGAGGGUGCCGGGAGUGAAGCGUCCAGAGCGCUGCUGUCUGACUACACGGUCACGCCGAGACCGGACCAGCUCCGUACCCCGCGAACCCCUGCCACACAGGACAUGGUUCUCCAGGAGGCACAGAACAUCAUGGCGCUAACAAACGUGGACACGCCCCUGAAAGGCGGACUCAACACUCCGUUACACGAGAGCGACUUCUCCGGAGUCACGCCCAAACACCAGGCAGUGGCCACACCUAACCCCACAUUUGUCACACCAUUCAGAACUCCUGGACAAAGUGAUGGCAUGACUCCGGGACGAGGUUUCACGCCGGGACGUGCUUCGACGACCGCGGGACAGACUCCCCUCCAGGCUUCCGUCAGAGACAAACUCAACAUCAACCCUGAGGAGGGACUGAUGGAGUAUGAUGAUCCACAGUACACCAAACAUCUACAGGAGCAGCACAAGUCCCAGCUCCGCCGCGGGCUCCAGGGUCUGCCCACACCCAAGAACGACUUUGAGAUCGUGAUGCCCGAGGAGAUGCCGCAGGAUGUGGGGACGGAGGUGGAACCGCGGGCCGACCUCCGACCUGACCAGUCCGACAUCGACAUGGCUGAACAGGCCAGGGUCAACGCAGAGAGGGAGCGAGAGCUGAAGCGGCGCCAUCACGCCGUCCAACGAGACCUGCCACGCCCCGUGGAACCCAACUCUUCCAUCCUCCGUCCCCUCGUCAUGGACCCACCGCUCACAGAACUACAGCUGGCUGAAGAGUUGAUAAAGAGAGAGAUGGUGACCAUGUUACACCAUGAUGCCAUCUACAACCCCUCAGAAGAACAGGCUUCUGUGGCUGCAGGGGACAAGAAGAAAGGCGCCCAGUCAGUCGGCAACAAGAUGGCUGAACACAUCGCUUACCUGGAGGAAUAUCCGUACACCAAAAUAGACGAGGACAGUCUGAACUUGGCUAAAGAACUGUUGUCCCAUGAGAUGGAGGUAGUGAAGACAGGGAUGGGACAUGGAGAUUUGUCUGUAGAAGUGUUUAACCAGGUGUGGGAGGAGUGCUACAGCCAGGUCCUGUUCCUGGUGUCUCAGAACCGCUACACUCGAGCCAACCUCGCCAGCAAGAAGGACAGACUGGAGAGUCAGGAGAAAAAACUCGAGAUGAACCGACUCCAGAUGACCAAAGAGGCCAAGAGAGCUGCCAAGAUUGAGAAGAAACUGAAGAUCCUACUGGGAGGUUACCAGUCCCGAGCGACAGGCCUGUAUAAACAGCUACAGGAGAUGCAUGACCAGACUGAACAGACGUACGUAGAGUUGAAGACGUUUGAAACUCUGAAACAGAACGAAGAUGUCGCCAUUCCCAGGAGAAUUGAGUCGUUGAAGGAGGACGUGAAACGUCAGACUGACCGUGAACACGAGCUACAGAAACACUACGCUGACCUGAUCGUGGAGAGAGACAUGCUGGUCAGCAGACUGCCUGGGAAGGGCAGCAACUGAACAGCUGGACUACACAUUAGUCAUAUAGGGCCACAAGUAGUCACAUUAUGGCCACAAUUAGCCACGUAUUGCCACAAUAAGUCCCAUAGGGUUACAAUAAGUAAAGAUUGUAUAUAGCCACAACGAGUCACGUCAGGCCACAAUAAGUCACAUAAGAUUGCAGCAAGUCAUGUAUGGCUACACAAAUUAUGAAUUCAUGAUUCUUGAUUUUUUGCAGCUUUGUCUUUC